AAUUCUGCUGUCAGAAAGGUUAUCACGACAGCGUUUUGGAAAAAUAAUUACUGUUAGCUAGGACGGCUAGUCUCCAACUGUACGCGACAGCGAGCAGCCUUAGCAUUAAAUAACCGAAACGUUAAUAUACGUCGUGGUGAUAACAGUAAUUAAUAAGCAGCAGCGUGUGUCGUUCAGGAAAACAUAACCUGAAAUCUUCGGCGAUGGGGUCAUAUGCAGCGGCCGGUUGUCAGAAUAGAAAAAACAACACGUUUUAGCACACUGUUACAUUUUUGCCUUGUCUAGCCUAAAUGUGACGUACAAGUGGAAAGAUGUGUGCUACGUAAUGUCAAACCAAUCGAGUCGCUCGCUUUUCCUUACCGUUUCUUGCUGUACAAGCCCUGACAGCUAAGCUCGCUAAGUAGCUAGCCGAGGUCCUGUUUACCAUCAUGGACAGAGAGGCGUACCGUAACUGCAGCAGCCUGGUCAAAAUACCAAGACAGUCGUAUGAGCAGUUCUGGUCUUCACAUUUUGUAGAUUAUAUCGACAAGGAACUUAGCUAUUCUAAGUUUUUCAAGAAAUACUUGCUUCCCAAUCACCCAUGCAUGUUUUCAAGAAGGUUUACAGAGGACUGGAAGUGUAGGAAACAGUGGGUGUCUGAGGAGGGGAAGCCUAAUUUCCAGAAACUGCUGCAAGAGUUUGAUGAGACUCCUGUUCCUGUUGCGAACUGCAAUGCCAAGGAGUACAAUGCUAAUCCUAAGCAAGUUAUGCCUUUCAAAGAAUUUGUACACUACUGGAAGGAAUACAUCCAAAAUGGCCACUCAUCGCCUAAAGGAUGUCUCUAUCUUAAAGACUGGCACAUGUCAAGGUAUCGGGACUUUCCAGAACACAGUGUUUACAGCACGCCAGUCUUCUUUUCUUCUGACUGGCUUAAUGAAUACUGGGAUACACUUGAAGUGGAUGACUACCGGUUUGUCUACAUGGGACCCAAAGGCUCAUGGACCCCGUUCCACGCCGAUGUGUUCCGCUCCUAUAGCUGGUCUGCAAACAUUUGUGGCAGGAAGAAAUGGCUCUUGUAUCCUCCAGGUCAGGAGGAGUUUUUACGAGACACUCACGGCAACAUCCCUUAUGAUGUAACUUCAGCUGAACUUCGAGACAGAGGCCUUUUCCCACACUCCGAUAAAGCCUGUCAACCUCUAGAAAUUAUUCAGGAGGCAGGUGAAAUCAUUUUUGUGCCCAGUGGCUGGCAUCAUCAAGUUUACAAUCUGGAGGACACAAUCUCUAUUAAUCAUAACUGGCUGAAUGGCUGCAACAUAGACAUCAUGUGGCAGUUCCUUCAGAAUGAGCUAUCAUCUGUUCAAAAAGAGAUAAGUGAGUGGCGAAACACGAUGGACUCGUGGCAUCAGCACUGCCAGGUUAUCAUGAAGGCCUGCUCUGGUAUCGACUAUGGUGAAUUUGCCUCAUUCCUGAAAAUCAUUGCUGGCAACCGUAUGGCUUUCCUCAAUGCUUGUUCCUCUGGGGAUUCAUCUGAGUACCCUCGACAUCUCUCUGAGACCCUCACCACACUUGGACCUUACCAUGCUGCCUUUGACCUGCAAAGAGUGGCACACAUAAUUGAAUGCCUAAUCUGCAAUGAAGACUUUAAGCGGCUUGAUCACUCAGCUUUGACUUUGCAGCCAGAAACAAUGCUACAGCAAAUUCGGGACACCAUACAAUCCACAAGGGGGCAGCACCUACUUUAUCAGGAAUAAGAUGUUGAGUGGCGUCAAAACGAUGUAAUAAUCACCUGGAAAUAGCUUGAAUGCAAAGUGCCAAUUUGUAGGGUGCAAAAAAGAUGAUAAAGGUGUUACUAUGCCUUUGGUGUGAGAUGAACUGCAAUCUUGUAAAUGUCUGAAAUUUGUUUUUUGCACUGAAAGAUAAAAUGGAUGAAUAAAGAAAAAUAAUUACACAA